GCUGAUGCUGCCAACUUGGGUCCUGAGAAUUCCACAGUGUUGGAUAGCACUGGUGCCGGCAUGGGAGAUGUUGCUGGUCCUCCGGCAGGUGCUGAAGUGGGUGAUGGAACCGUACCUUUGGCAGAUGGAUCUGUGCCACCAGGAGGAACAAUGCCAGAAGGAACUCCAGGAGACGUGAAUGCUCCGUUUCCACCGGUUCCUCCAGUGAUCACCCCACCUGGUGAUGUGAACGCGGCUGAAGUCUUGGCUGUGAGUACGGAAUUGGCUCGGAAGAUCUCAGAGUGUUCCAACAGGCUUGCAAAUGUAAGUGAAGAGCUUGCCAUCACCAUGGAGCAUUUCACCCAAGGAAGAGUGGAAAUGAAGAAAGGAUUUGAAGAAUUGAGUGUCCAGAUCCAGAAUCAAGCGACCUGCAUAACAACGAUGACAUCAGGAGUGUCGUUUCAGGCCGGAGAAACGACCAAGCUUCUCAAAGCUUUCGACCGGUGGGCUGCCACUGGUCGUUGGGCUCUAACUGGCAACCAGUCAGUGGAAGCCAACAUACAGGGAGUCCAAAGUGAAGUAGAGAAGCAAACAAAGAAGUUGGAGACCAACCUCAGUCGUGGCUUUGAUAGCAUUGGAAGGCAUCUUCGAGAGACGAGCUCAGAAUGCUGCAGCUCCAGAUGCCAUGAAAAAUGCAGGAACUCCUCUCACACCAGUAGCGGUCAGUGCCCCUGGAACUACUGGGCCUGCUGGGACUGCAAAUCCAGGAGGAUCAACAUCACCCGGACCUGCCCCUGCCCCAGCAGUUCCACCACCUCCGGCAGAGCCAGUGUCACUCUUUAUGGCGUUCUGUCCGGAACAGCCGAACGGGCCGAGACCAAAUACUCCCCUUCCGAUCCCAACACCGUGCCAGCGUGUGGGCAUCGUUACCAGAGAUGCGGGAACGGGUGUACAGAGGACAUUGUCACCGACGGCAUACCGUCCUGA